CUGCAAAAAGGCAUGGAUGUAACAGGGAAUAUUAUCAAAGCUGCUCAAAUGGUUUUGAGGUUACAGUUUCAAGUUCAAGGUUUACAAAGUACUACUCUUCCCAGUCUCUGCUGGGCAACUCCAUGCCUGAUGGUGUGUUCUCCAUUCAAACACUUUAAACAGGAGCUCACCAUUGGAUUUGUAGUGCACGUCGUCCUGGAGGUCCAUUGCAAUUAUUUGACAGUUGAGCCUCAGACACUAGAGAUUGAACUUCAACUGGCAAAUAUCUACAGUCACAACAAUCCAAAUCCUCUAUUCGUGUAGAAAUUGUGCCUGUUCAACAGCAAGAAAUCCAUAGCUGUGGCCUUUUGCCUAUCGCCUAUGCAAAUGAACUCUUUUACAACAGUAAACCUGAAUCUGUGCACUUUGAUCAGCACAAGAUGAAUGAGCACCUCAUUGAAUGUGUAAAUGAGGAACACUUUCGACCAUUUCAUAAGUCUAAAAGUAUUCACACAAUACUCAGGCCCACUCGCUGCUUC